UCAAAAUAAUAUAUGUGACGAGAAUGCUGCUAAUAUAAGCUGCUUGGAAACAGUAGUUUUAAAUUUACCGCUUAUCUGUGACGUCACACUUUGACAAUUUUGAUUGGUCGCGUGCGCAAGAGCAUACCCUUGUCUUUAUACCAUGGGCCAGCCCACUCCCAGAUACGGCCAACAGACCCCCAGUCAUCAUCAGGGACCGUUUGUGCAUCCGCCGCCGCCCUCGAUGACCCCCAGUCAUCACAGAUCUACUCAGUCGCAUAGACCUACGCCGCCCCUGUCCACUCCUUCCGGCGAUCCGACAGACUGGAAGAAGGCGGCCGAAGCAUGGGCACGACUGAAGAGUGGUUCCCGUGUCUCUGGAUCAACGCCUAGGCAUGGUGGAAAGAAACAAGGUGAGUUAUUGCGCAUAAUGGCGGCAAAGAGUUGGGGGACUUGCUUGUCAACCAAUCACAGGGGACCCAUUUUAUGCGCGCAAAAUUCAAACGUUCACAGCUGAUUAAAAAAUCAAAACAGUAUUGUAAAUAAAUAAAUACUGCGACUAUUACAAUUUUUAAUGCAACAGGUC